GCAGGAAUUAAAAAUUUGUAAUUUUGCGCCGACUACGAAAAGAGUAUUUAACAUAAUUUAAUAUAAAGGAAAUAGAAAUUUAUUAUAUUAUUGAAUAUCAUUUAAUAUAAAUGAAAUAUAAAUUAUUUCAUACUUUUUCUGUAUGAAUAAAGGUAUCUGGCAAUUCAGAUUCUGACAACUUACCUUGUAAUCAAGAUUGAUCAACCCUGGCUUUACAACACUGGCUGCAAUUUAUUACACACUACAUAACAAGUCUAAAUUGAAAACAUUUCGCUGAUAUAAAUAUAAUUAAUAACGCAAUAGCGCCAACGUAUAAACAAAAAAUUGUUUAUACAGUUCAGACAACAGAUCAUCCGGAUAUUAGGGUGUUCGGAUAAAGAGAGUUCGGAUACCGAGAGCUCUACUAUAAAUCUUUGGGCACUGAAAGACAUACAUAUUCAUGAUCAGAAAUCAAGGUUUUAUAUGUCAUACUUUUCUAAUAUGUGGCAUAUAUCUCAGAGAAGAUAUUGGAGUCUAAAGGAUUAAUUACCGCAAGUCACCCGUGAACUAAGUUUAGUCGAGAAAUUGUAAUUUGACUAACGGUUUUUACGAUAAAAUACUAAGAAAUGUUAUGAUUAGACUACGGAUCUUUAUGCAUUUAUAGGAAAUUUGAACGUGCAAGAAAUUACAAAAUGCAAACAGUAUGCAAGAAUAUUAAAAAGAUUGAAAGUAACGUUCAUGUUAUAAUAUUUGCAGAAUAAAAUAAAUUCCUAUUUAGGUUCAAUUUUUGUAGGCACGUUCACGAAGAUUUUAUUUUGCAUAAAGAUCCGCAGUCUAGUUAUGAUAGAAACAAUAUCUCAUCGCUAAGUUAUUAAUGGAAAACCUCAUAAAUGUUACAAAUGAAGACAAGAGACGGAAUAAUCGGUUAAUCGAGUAGCUAUAUGAUCAGAAAAAAAGACUGUCAUACACACGUUCCGUGAUUGCAUAAUUGCAAAAAAUUAAGAGAGAAUUUCUUCGAUAUUUCCUCGAAGAAGACAACUGUCGUCUACAGAAAUGUCUGUCGCGAACAGAUUUCAACCCCCGCGAGCUAUCCCGAACGCGUAUAAAAGUAUCGGACGACGACGACUCUCAGGGCACAGCGAGCUUGCACUUCCAACAGAGAGCUCAUUGCAUUUGCAGUACCCUAGUAGCAACGAGGAGUCGUACUUAAACAGAAUGUCUUUAACGAAACGCAUGAUCAUCCUAAUUGCAAUGCUUGGAAUCGCGUACGAAGCAUUUGGAGCAAUCGAGGAAGCUGAGAGAAAUUUCUUUGGAUUUCCCUAUAUGUACAGCAGAACACUGGACGAUCCUCUGGCGCUUGCACGGAUGCUGUGUCCAGGGCGCUUCUAUCAUUCUAAACGCAACUCGGAGCUAAUAAACUCGCUGCUGGGUUUACCAAAAAAUAUGAACAACGCUGGAAAAUGAAAGCUCCCGAAUGAUAAUUAGUUGCUACACAUAGUUCAUGAAAUUCAAUAUCAACGAAGCUACACUUUGUAUUUAUCGUGUAUAUUUUAACAAAUUCCCCCAUGCUUGUAACGUAUGAAAAUAAAUAACUUGUAAGAGAG